AGAUUAGCCGAGCUCCGUUGAGCACCAAAGAAAGCUGCAGAUCCUGCUUUGAAAACAGUGCAAAAUUUCCAGAGCGCAAAAUGAGUCGCAGGGAAUUUUGCGAGCGGCAAACCAGAGUAGCCGCGAGUUCUGCACUGAAAUUCAGCGCGUUUUGUUUUCGAGCUGCUGGCGGGCGCUAGAAGAAAGAAGAAGUAUCAAGCGAGAGGGCGAUGCGACCACCACGACGACGCUCUAUUUAAAAACUGGCGAUUUUGCAAUUGUGUCAAAAUGUUUUGCUCAACCGACGUCUAAUGUGAGUACCUGCUGCGGACGAUUGGCGCCGAUUCUGGUUCGCGAAAGAGUGCAAAUUUUUCGGCGCGACCCUUUCGCGCUGACCUCGCGUCCCGUUGCCGCACUCGACACUUACAUGACCCGAAGAACUUUGUUCUGAUUGCGAAGCAAAGCGCCAUUUUGCCUUUCCCGAAGCGGGGUGAUUAAGUGAAAAUCCACCCACUGGCAUCUUUUCACCGCAAUUCUCGCGACCUCCGGUCUUUUGUCGAGAGCCGCGCAGCUCGAUUCUGCAAGGUGGCGCAAACGUCUGGUUCGCGUUGUCCUUUUCCGGAGGAAAACAUCGACUGUCAUGGUCCAUGUAAGAAAGACAAAGAAACUCAAGACGGCGUCUCCAAAAAAGGCGUUCAAAUUGCAGAAAAGAGACCAACGGUCUGAACGGUCGCGCAAGCAGACGCCUCCGGUCAAGAUGCCCUCGGACAGGGUUCUCCGAGCCAGAAAGGCCAACAGUUCCAUCUGUCGCCAUCUGCUUAUGGGAUUCGUGGGCCGCCCUCCUAAGAGACUUUUCACCCCGGAAAUCAAGAGGAAGUUGAAGGAUUGGCUCGUGAAAAGGAGACGCAACCCCUAUCCGACCAGGGAGGAAAAACAGGCGCUGGCCAAAGAGACUGGAUUAGAAUAUAGCCAAAUUUGCAACUGGUUUGCUAAUUGGCGCAGGAAACUGAAAAACGCAGAGGCAGCUGAGGAUCCCGCCGAGUCCGACAUUUCAAUGGACUCGGAGCCAAGGGUCACGUCCUCGUGGGGUCGCAGAAUUCUCAUUUACAAUAAUGUGGCUGCGCGAAACGCCGAGAAAAUUCCAAUUGAUUGCCAAACGGUGCUUUUGGAGGACAGUGACCAGGAGAUGGAACUUUCCUGCAGCCGACUUACAAACUACAGCGAUUCUUACAAUCCAACUGUGAUUGACCACUGCUAUUCAAUGGCACCGCUCCUGGUCAACGAGCUGGACAAAAACGGCAACUACUGCAGCAACAGUGCAAGAGAUUGGAUUUGGAGUGCUGGAGACGUGAAGAGAUCUGAUUGGCACCGCAAAAGCAACAAUACUGAAAUGGAGGACGCAGACACUCCUCAUCGGGAGGCAGAAAUCGAGGCGGCCGUCGUUUUGGCUACGCUGGGAACGGCCUAGUUUUGAAUGGCGUCGGGAGUUCAAGACAUGAUUUGAAUACUUUCAAGGCUGAUUUUACUAGAAAUUGUAUUUUUCGAACGCAAAAAUCUACACCAGAUUUUCUAUUUUUUCGGAAAAAUUUCACCUCCCUUAGAUAUAGACGUGUGCUAGCGAGUAGAAAAAUGUUCAAAUAAAGAGAAUUCGUAAUUUAUACCAGCGUUUAUGU